CUGAUUUGAAAACAACUGAUCAGAAGUCAGCGUGCGUACUCAGAUUUCACUACUAACUACCACAAAAACCGAUUCAACGUCAGUUUAGUGGCGAAAGACCAGCACUUUGUUUUUGUUGUCACGAGACGCCUUCCUCCAAAAAAAGAGGCCAAAAGUAAACAGAAAUCGAGGUUGUAACGUUAGCUCGUAGCAGUAGGGAUGAGGAAAUACAACGGGCAAUUAACAGCACAAGCAUCUAUGGCUGUUCUGCUCAAACAAACACAGAUCUGCUUUUAUUUUUAGAAAGCCCAGAAGACAUUCAACAAAAGGAAAAGCAGAGACAAGAUGGAGAUGCUGUGUUUCCGGUUACCGGGCCACGGGGACACAACCCUGAAGCACCUGAAUGCCCUGAGGUCCCGCCAGCAAUUCUGUGACAUCACCAUUGUGACCAGCGACAGCCUGACAUUCAGGGGACAUAAGGUGGUGCUGGCUGCCUGCUCGCCCUUCUUAAGAGACCAGUUUCUCCUCAACCCGACUCCCAAACUUCAGGUGUCCAUGCUGUACAGCUCCACAGUGGUGUGUGAUCUGCUUCAGUCCUGCUACACUGGCGUCCUGCAGUUUAACCCAGAGGAGAUUGUCAACUACCUGACCGCCGCCAGCUACCUACAGAUGGAGCAUAUUGUGGAGCGCUGCCGAGGAGCGCUGAAGAAGUACAUGCAUCUAAAAAACCCCAGUUCACCGAAGAUGACUUUAGAGGAGAGUCAGGCCCGAUUGUUGAUCGUCAGCGGCAGCGUUCAUUCUGUGGCCUCUCCCCCCGCUAGCCGACCCUCCCCUGUGCACUCACACAGUCCUGCGGAGGAGAACGGCGGUGACAUGUCUGCUAAGGGCAGCCGUCAACACCACGACGGAAGUCCCAUGCUGGAUGAGCAACUCGUUAAGCUGAAUGCAUCGGACGAGGAGGAAGCGGCCAGACAGGAGAACUGUGAAGUGUACAGAGUGUACAUCAACGAAGAGGAGCAGAUGAACAGAGACAGGGAGGAGGAGAGAGAAGAUCCCUCUUAUGGAUCUCAGGAUGCGUGUUACCCAAAAACAGACGGUGUCGUGAUGGGAGGAGAAGGUGGCGAAUACGACUUGAAUCCAACAGAAGAGGAUCUUGGUGUGGGGGGAUUUUCACUGGAGGGGCUCCGCGCUUUCAGGCGCAUGCUGCCCGACCCCAAAAUUGGCCGGGGCAGAGGGAGAGGCAGGGGGCGAGGUUUUAAGAGGAGACGGUUGGUGUCAUCGCAGGAAAAAAGACCCCCAGGCCUGACUGAGGGUCACCAGCAGGAUUUGUGGUACCUGGCUGCUGCAGGGAUGGGAGGGGGUUUCGGCUUGGACCACAGCCAAGAAGGGCUCAAGACGGAAAACUACAUCUCGGUGGAACUCCCCAAGUUUGACUUCGGCAUGGGCGAGGCGCGGGGAGAAAAGGUCUCACCAAUGGACGGCAACGGCUUGGACCAGUACGCCUUGGAGGAAGCCAACUGCGGCGCUGGUGAGGGAAGUUCAGGUCUGACGGCGGACGGAACAAACGAGGGAGGGGACGAGUCCGUCGCGGUGGUGGGAUCCACUUCAAGCGUCGCCGGGCCGGUCAUCUGCGAGCACUGCGGCAUGACGUUCCCCUCCGCCCACUCCCUAGCCAUCCACUCGCGCUCCACCCACCUGCUGUACGCCUGUCCCUGCUGUGGCAAACACUUCCACCACUCUGCCAACCUCACCCGGCACAUGGCGGUGCACCGGGGCACCGGCAAGACCCACCAGUGCCCCCUGUGCUACAAGACUUUCACCCAAAAGUCCACGCUGAUAGACCACAUGAACCUCCACAGCGGUGAGCGACCGCACCGCUGCUCGUACUGCCACGCCCGCUUCGCCCACAAGCCCGCGCUGCGACGCCACCUGAAGGAACAGCACGGGAAAACCACGGGGCAGAACUCCCUUCACGAGCAGGAGGAGAGGGAGAGGGAGAGAGAGGGAGAGGGGGCCAGCGGACAAAUAAGGGAGGAGCAGCAAGAAUGCCUGGUUACUCAACAGGUGUCGUAGGCCGAAGCCUUCCAGACAGUCGAGUGUCUGAAUGUCUUAAGCUCCUCAGGCUCUGCAGCUCCCUGCAUCCAGUGGGGAGGUCAAGUCUGUGGGGUCACAACCCCCAUGUGGAUAUUAAAGGGACAGUGUGUGGGAUUUGGUGGCAUCUACUGGUGUGGUUGCAGAUUGCAACCAACCGGAGAACUACAGUGGCCUUCGGGUAACAAAAAAAAACCCACAAAGGCUCUCGCUAGAACUUUGUCUUUGUGGGCCACUGUAGAAACAUGGCGGUGCAGGAUCCGCUCCCUAUUUAGCAAUGAAGGGCUUAUGCUAAGCUAACAAAAACAAAACGAUUCUUAAGUUUCAGUUGGUUAUACACUGAUGAAAACAUAGUUGUGAAUAUUCCCUUUCUGCCAAUAGAACCCCAGAAAUGCUACACACUGUACCUUUAAGCACGUGCUGGAAACUGAUUGAGGCCUUUUAAAAUAUCAGACUGUGAAACCAAUAGUCCUUUCAUAUAAAAUGUUUUCAAUUUGCAUAAAAAUACACAUACUCAGUGUCUUAUGUGGGUAAAAAUGACUUAUGAGCUCCCUGUUACACUGAGACAAGAGGCCUUUUUCCACACCAGGCAUUUUGACUCGUCAUAGCACAGGUGGUACUAGUGACACUAACAAUAGCUCUGUAGUAUUAAAGCCAGCGUGCACGAUACCAGGACCUGGAAACUCAAGCAGCUAAAUGGAGCUGUGCUUUACAUGCUGUGAGAGGUCAAUAUGUCAGUGACUGAAGUCCUGUUGAUUUUGUGAUUUUGUUUUGAUUAUGUCUCUUAGAACUGUUUCAUUAGUUUGACUCAGAACUGUAACGUUAAACUUGAAUAUAUGUAAUACACGUUCAGUGCGAUGGCCGGCCACAGUUCAAAGAAAAGAUGUAAAUCAGUGUAAAUAAAAGAAUUGGAAAGUCUCCUCUCGGUCUACUCACACAGAUGUUUUUACUAAUGUUGACUAAUUAGACAGAGGGAGUGUGACUUGUUCCUCUGUUGCAAAACGUUCAGGAAAUCUGUUUUGAAUGUGGGAUUUUUAAGGAUUCACACACUCACUUUCCAAAGCUUCCCUGCUGUGUCUUGUUGAUACGAGGCUCAUGUAAAUCUCACUCAAGGAAACAAUGCAUGAAAACUUUUUAUUGAGUUCAAAACAGUAUCUCUAGUUUCAUGAGCCACGCAGCAUCACCUAUCGACCGAGACAACAGAUGACAACACAAACACUUUAAGCAGCUGGCUAACAUCAUUAAAACAAAAACGUGAAAAGCUAUAUGCCAAAAUAAAAAACAUUUUUGUUUUUUCCAGUCAAAAUAAAUCUUCAUUGUACACGA